GAUUGUAAAAAAUUUAUCGGCCUCCAAGUAAAUUGCGUUGUAUGAAAAUGUCAAAUGUAACUGGGGAAUUUGAGUUCCGUGAAACAGAUAAGUAGAACUGUCAAAAAACGUGUGAAAGAGCAGUAUGAAAAGUUCAAAACUUUGUGAAAAUUCAAUACAAAUGUGAAACAGGUGGUUGUUAUUUUGAAAAUUGUUGACAAUGAUUGUGUAUUAGUGCUAAAGUUCAAAUAAUGGAUUCGUUCGCAGCAGAUUUAGCGAUACAGGCCAUUUUAGCUCGGGGUACAGAUUUCGUUGGAGGAAUAGAUAACGAAGCCUUGGACUUUUCACAAUUGGAAGAUUUCAUCAAUAGCGAAGGUUCUCAAGGUAACAAUUCCUAUUUUGGAGAUUCACUCAAUUCUACUCAACCCUCCGGUAAACUUCUGAAUGUCAUCGUUGAAAAUAAAAGGAAUAUCGGACAUUCACUCCCUGAAAGCCCACCAGACAGCAGCUCUGAACACCCUUAUAGUCCACAAGAUGGAUGCGAGGCACCAAUUACAUCACAGGAAACUAUAUACACCAACCUAACACAAGGCCUUUAUAAACCCACCAUACUCAGUCCCAUUUUGACGGACAACCUUAUUUUAGGAUCACAUAUUGUAGUGACGGACCAAAAUAAUGAUCAGCUUUUAGAUAACGGUAAUAUAUUACAAGAUAACGGACUAAUCGUAAGUGGAGAUAUCAGAAAUGGAACGGCUAUACUCAAUAAUAGAACGAUUCAAGAAAAUUUACAAGGCGAUCAGAAUAUUUUACAAGGUAGAAUAAUCUUAACCGACUCGAAUGUUACAGAUACCAAUCGUCCGAUCUUACUGACUUCAUCAGAAUCAGCGCCAAAUUUUGAAAGAAGUAUUUAUAAAAAUGACGAUUUCGAUAAAAAUAUUGUACAUUUAGGAUAUAAUCACAACAUAGAAAAUUUGCCCAGGAACAACAUAGAUAAUAAUAUAUGCGAACAAAAUUUGGAAAACAUUCAGAACGUUUAUACAAACCUGCAAUCUGCCCCUAAGAAAAGAAAGUUAUCUCAAGAUUCGCCAUUAGUUAAAAGUGAACCAGAUCAUUGUACCAACAGCCAACUUAGCCCCUCCGAACAGUUGAACACGUCAAUAGAUGAAGAUUAUGCCUCUUCAGAAGCUUGUUUGUCAGAAUCUCAGUAUCAGUGUAUUAGAUUUAGUGCCUUCCAGCAGACCAAUUGGCAUAUGCUUUGUGAUCAAAAUCUCACAGAAUUGCCUGUUCCACAUUAUAGAGUAGAUGCUGAUAAGGGAUUCAACUUUUCAAAUGCCGAUGAUGCCUUCGUUUGCCAGAAGAAAAACCAUUUUCAAGUAACUUGCCAUGUACAGUUGUUAGGUGAUGCGCAGUUUGUAAAAACUCCAGAUGGUUUCCAAAAAAUAUCAAGUUUUCACCUUCAUUUCUAUGGAGUGAAGCAUGAUUGUCCCACGCAAACAAUUCGAGUGGAGCAAAGUCAAAGCGAUAGGAGUAAAAAACCUUUUCAUCCUGUAUUAGUGGAAUUGGUUAAUUCACAGGUUACAAAGGUUACAGUAGGAAGGUUACAUUUUAGCGAAACGACCUCAAAUAAUAUGAGAAAGAAAGGAAAACCUAAUCCCGAACAAAGAUAUUUUCAAUUGGUCGUUGGUCUUCAUGCUCACACAUCAAAUGGAAAUUUCCCAAUUGUAAGCCAUGCUAGUCAAAAAAUAAUAGUUCGAGCUUCAAAUCCGGGACAGUUUGAAAGUGAUGUAGAAUUGUGUUGGCAAAAAGGACAAACUCAGGAUUCAGUGGUACACAAUGGUAGAGUAGGAAUUAAUACUGACAGACCAGACGAAUCUCUGGUAGUACAUGGAAAUAUAAAAAUAACAGGUCACAUUAUCCAACCCAGCGAUAUAAGAGCCAAGAAGAAUAUUGUUGAAUGUAAUACUGCUGAACAGUUGAGAAAUGUACAGAGGUUAAGGGUUGUUAGAUAUGAAUACGAACCAGCAUUUGCAAAUCAAUUAAGUAGAGAUAGCGAAUGUUCUGAUACAGGUGUAAUAGCUCAAGAAGUGGCACAAGUUUUACCUGAAGCUGUAAAACCCGCAGGAAACAUUAUUUUGCCAAAUGGCACGGCUAUUGAUAAUUUCCUGGUAGUAAAUAAGGAAAGAAUAUUUAUGGAAAAUAUAGGUGCCGUAAAAGAAUUAUGUAAAGUAACAGAUAAUUUGGAGACUAGAAUCGAUCAGUUGGAGAGAAUAAAUAAAAGAUUGAAUAAAUUGAAAAGAGGAGACAGUCUCAAGUCUACAAGUACUAUUAAUAGUUCAAAAUUGUCAUAUUCACAAAAAUGUUCUAAACAUCACCACCACUCAUGUCAUAAGGAGGAUGAACUUUGUUCAAAUAAAUUCAUCCAAAUUGUAAUUGUUAUAUUGGUAUUGAUAAUGGCGUUUUGUCUUGCAGCAAUAACGACUUUAUAUUUGAUGGAAACAGCACGACAGACAGAAUAUAUUCAACCAAAUAUUGAAAGAUCUCACAAAAAUUAUGCAACAAAAAGACCAACGAAAGUUUCAAAAGUACCCACGUGGGUGCCGACGUUACCACCAUAUUAUCCAACAAAUACAUUCAAAGAAGAAGAAAUAACAAAAAUUACUGUGGACCCCUCAUUGAUAAACAGGAAACCGAGUAUAAUAAUUGGAAGACCUCAAGACUGCAUAGCAGUGGAUCAAGAUCUUGAAAAUACUAACUUAUGUCAGAUAUUUUGUUGUGCAAAUCCUCCGCAAAGGCAUUCUCAAGAAAUUUCAACAUCACACUAUUCUGAAAAAAGACUUGUAAAUCCAAACAGAAACAAAACGGGACCAUUAAUAAAUCUGGAGAAGAAUAAAAUUUCAAAGCCAUUUCAUUCGAAUGAUAUUGACAACAAACAAGUUAGACAAAAGAGGGAUACAUACAGUGAUGAUACUAAUCUUUUUGAUGUUACUGAUGAUCAAAUGUUUACUGUCAUCUUGCAUGGGAAGACCUUUAAUACUACUUUGACCGCUAAGUACAAAGAAGAAACAAAUUCGCCAUUUAACGUAUCUUAUUCAGUACCGAUAUCGAAAUAUAUGCCAGAUGAAUUUAUAAAUCUAAUUUUCAAAACCAGUCAGUCUAAUAUAAAGGAAAUCGAACAUUGUUACAAUGAUUUUAAACAACAUGAAUGUCCAUUUGUUAGUUCUGCAGCUUAUUAUGACGACAAAAUGAAAAUUAGACAUAAGGUCAAUGAGAAUAGUCCAAGUCGGCCUAUCGGAAGUAUCAACUUUGAAAUUGAUAUGAUCGAUUAUCAAUCUAAAAUGAUGACUUAUAGGGCAUCACUAAAAUCUAAUCUGAAUACUUGCAAGCUCCCUUCAUCUAAAUUGGGAUUAGAUUAUUUAGAAUAUAAUUUCCAUUUUUAUAGACACUGUGAUGAAUAAGAUCUUUAUAUUUAUUCUUAUUAAUUUUAGCAAUAUUAACCAUUACUCAAACAAAAAAACUCAUGACGUUUUAUGUAUAUUUUAAUUUGUAUAGAAGUAUUUUAAGGGUGUAUAGCAUGGUUUAUUAUCAUUCUACAUAUAUUAUAAUAAUGAGAUUAUUUUUAUGGUUAUGUUUAUGACUUGAAAUAGUUGAAUAUUUUAAAUUUCUUUAAUAAUGUGUCCAGGAAGUGGAACGGUUAGCACAUCGAUCAUACAGAGAGAAUUAUCAACUUUUUAAUAUGAAGUGAUUUUAUUAAUAAUAAAAAUUAAUUCAUUAAUAAUAAACAUCUCCUCAAUCCAGAAAUUAGAAUUUGCAACUACAGUUACUUUAACAGUAUUGCUAAACGAUAACUAUUUUUUUAUUGUAUUCCUUAAACAUGACUUACAUGUAAUAUAUUGACGUAUAUUACAGUAUCUGCAAAAUUGACAAUUUUAUUUUCAUUCCAGCACGUAAUCUGAUACAUAUAUUUUCACAAGUUAUUUAAAUUAUAUUCUCAAGACAAUACAACCGUGUUAUGAAUACAUUUUUUGCAUAUGGGUCAUUAAUAUAACAAUAUCAUCAAAGAAUCUCAUGAGACUCAUAACCAGCCGCAAUAUUAUCUACAUAUCUGCUGAACCGUUUCACUGAUAGAUACUGAAAGUUCAAACACUCUCCCAUACAUUUUCCUAUAAUUUAAAAAAAAAACAUUUAUAGUUCUAAUGUUAUAUUUAGAUAUUUUAUAUUUAUUGAAACAAUCUCUCUCAUUUGCUAGUGUAUAAUUUCGUAAUUUUUAGAAUAUUAUAGUGAUAUUAUCACAAUAUUUGUAAAUAUUGAAUAUGGCAUUUCAUAAACUUCAUUCAUCAAGUAUCCCAAUAUCAAGGUCUGAAAUUAAAACUAUAUCGAAUCAUUUAAAACUUUCUUCAGUCAUAUAAUUAAUUUGAGCUUUAAGAUUAGGAUACCUGACUUUUUGUGCUAAGUUUAUCAGAUUUAAUAUAUGUGGUUAUUAUUUUAAGAAUCAAUUGGAUAUAUUCAUCCUUAAGCCUUGACAUAUGUCUGUUCUUACUUAUUUUCAUAAUGAAAACAUUUCUUUUUAAAAAUAGAUCGAAUGUACACAGGAUACCUGCUACUUUUUUAAUAUUUGGAUAUUUAUUCAAUUUGAAUAUUGUGUAUUAAAUGAUAUUAAAUAAAAUUAACUUUCUUACAUUCAUUUUUUACAAUACUAUCAAUCUAUUACAUCCAUUUACAUUUUAAAGUAUUGUUGAACAGUGGGAAUUCACAUGAGGAAAAUGAUCAAGUGUAUGGUUAUUUAAAUGAUUUGCUUGAAUAAGCAAAUACAUUUUAAUGAUGAUCAGUCUUUACUGCGGAACUUAGCCACCAGAUAUUGUGAUCAACUGGCUUGUCCAAUAAACCUUUUCAAACCUACCCUUCUACUAAGUCCAAAAACUUCCGUCAAAUAAGAUAGUGGUAUGUGCAUUGUGCAUUCAAAUUUGCUUGAAUUUACUGAUUUAAUCUGCUGCUCCUUUUUUUUCUUUCAAUACUGUAUUUGUCUUCAAGUGUUGGUUAUUAUCACAAUUUGGUUGAAUUGGUCUUUAUCUGUCGCUACUAGGAAUAGUCGUUCUACUCACAGUCUGGUCCAAUAUCUAAUAUUUCGUAACCAGGAUAGCUUUUUGCGAUCUACCACAUUCCGAACGGAUUUAUUUUAUUGAUGAUGUCAGCUGUGAGCGUGCCUUUCACAUAUACAUUGUACUUGCAGUUAUCCAUUUCGUUUUCUUGAUGUUUAUAUUAAUACCCCAUCUUUGACCAGCCUCAUGAACUCUGUCCAGUAACAUUUGCAAGUCUCCUAUAUUUUCUCCAAUGAUGGUAGUAUCUUCUGCGUACUUUACGUUGUUUAUAAAAUAUAAAAUCGCCCGUUAUUUUUACUCCCUGUGUCCUGCAAUGGAUAGCAUCCCGAAAUAUGAUCUCUGAAUAAAGGUUAAACAGGGGUUGUCUUACUUUGAUUUUUAUUGGUAUUCCAUUUGUAUCACUGUUAUCUAUCCUGGCUAAUGCUGUUUGACUAUGAUACUUGUUUAACAUCAUUUACAUAUUGGAUUUAUUGAAAAAGGAAGAUGAAAAAUGUAUCAACUAAUCAAGCUUCCAAUAUACUUUUAAUUCAGUGCAGUGAAAUGAAAUAUUCACAUCAUAUUGACAUACAUUAUGUUUGUUUUAUAAAUAUUGAAGUAUACAGUUAUUUAUGGAAUUGAAUAUGGCACAGAUAUAGUUAGUAAGAGAAUCAAACUGUUUUACUUACACAGACAAUAUAUACAUAAAAUCAAAGCAUACAUUACAGUUUAAUUUGUAACCAGAUGUCUCGGGUUUUCAUUAUAAAUUGACCCCUCUCUAUUUCAAAUAAACAUAAAUGAUGAUUUAUAAAAAACAUUUCAUGAAAAUUUGAGUUAAUAAAAUGAAAUAUUUACCUGACAACAUAUUAAAUGCAACUUAAUUUUUUCAAAUGAAAUGUUCAGAGUACAGUGGUUCGAAACUGGUGUCUUACUCAAAAAUUUGGAGUGAGUCUCCAUACAAGAAAUGCAUAUCUUUUAUUAGUUGAUAGCGUUCCAUGACUGUGCCAUGUUCUUUUAUCAUAAUAUUGAGGUUGACCAAAAAAUGAUAUAUAAAUUUAGGUAUCAAGAGAUGUAUUCUUAUGAAUAAACCGUUAGAUAGUAUGGUGGCUUAUGCAUGUAUUAGUUCCUGUUUAAAUUUGAUUUCAAAUUUAAUAAAAGUCUUCAUAAAAAUAUAUCUCAAGUGGAAGAUUUCUCACGAAAUAUGCAUUGCUCAAAAAUUCGUUAUUUUAAAUAUAUUUCUUAUUUAUACUUCAAUAUUGUGGUUAUUUAGAAAUAAUUUUAGCGUAAAAAUAUUAUUGUCCAACGUGAAAAAUUCAAAUUUGUGAAAAAAUCUUGUAUUUUUUAUAUUUGGUUAAUAUCAUUCAUUUUGCUUUAAAUGAAAACCAUAUUAUUCGCUUAUAACUAAAUCUUUUAAUUCUUUAUUAAAAUUAUUAUUUAUGAGUUUUGUGGCUCAGCGUUGAUGAUGUAGAUUCAAGCAGGCAUUCACUCACCCUACUCUAUUCAUCCCUGUUGGGUUGUUAAUAAUGGUGUUGUUUCUGGGCGAAGAGUAACAUCAAAAAAAAUAUCGGCAGUUAACGCCAAUAUACAAACGUUCCUCAAAUUAUGUUCUCUGAAGUUUCAUGACUUACUGCUUCAUGGCACAAUACAAUAUAUUUCAAGUUGGGAGUUGAAUAAAGUAUCACUUAGUUUACAUAUUAUGUAUAAAAUAAAUAUUGGACACUAACAUUUUUACUCAUUCAGGUACUUAAGAAAUAUAUCCGUCCAAGUUGUGACUAUUUUUUAGAUCUAUUGAUAUUAAGGAGCAUAUAGGUUCCAUCAUUAUAAUUAAAGUAGAAUAACAUUACACAUUCCAUUUUUAUAAACUGACAUUACUUUUAGUAUUUUGAAUUUUAUAAGUUUUGUUGUUCCAUACUUAGUUUUAUUUUUGAAUUAUGAUUAUAGAGUAUGCAAUGUAAUAUAUUCAGUUAUUUAUGUUAUAUGUAUACAUCUCAUAUUUUUUUGUUUUGUGAUUCUGUACAAUAAAUUGUUUUCCUUUCAAUCUAGAAUUUUAAUAACCACGAAUAUUUUUAUUUAAUUAUCAAAAUAAACACGAAAUGAUAAACUUCUCUUCAGUCUUUUAUCCCUAAAGUCGCAUGGUAACAUGUACUGAUUGCCAGUAUCACCUUUCAUGUUUUUUCUUGGUCGAAUCUGUGACUUCGUUUUAUCUGUAGUCUAUAAUUGUUUUCAUUUAGUUUACUUUUAGUAAUCUACCUCUUACUCUUAUUCUCUAUAAUAUAGAAUGCUUUUUUCUAUGCAGUUUUUUGUUGAAACGAUAAUAGAUUCUUUAUUAUGUUGAGUUUAUUUAAUAUUAUAUUGUAAUAAACAAACCCAGAUUAUUAUUCUUCCACUAUUUAGAAAUUCUUAGUUUAUUGUAUUCGCCUCAUUUAUCCAUAAUGACCAAAACACACUAGUAUAAUAAACAAAAAACUAGUUUUCUAGUUACUUUUGGUUUUAUUCCUUCUAGUGAUAAAAUCAGUACAACGCUUCUCAAAUCUUCCUAGUCACUUCAUUCAGAUGUCUUCCAUUUUAAAUACAAGUGUGUAGAGGCGAAUGCAAGAUUCAUGUGUGGACAGAUAUCGACAUAAGAAAUCUUUUCUAUUUCGUCUUAAGGAGUAACACCACUGUAGAGCUCAGAUUUUGAAGAUCAUUUUUGGAAUUUUUUUUCAAAAAAACUUUAUAUCAGAUGCAAAAUGUAAUAAGAUGACUAUUAUACACCUUUUGAAGCAAUUAAAUUAAUUUUUACAGAGCGUUCCAAAACAAAAUGGCGUCUAUACAGAGCUUUAACAUAAAAGGAAUUUUCAGAGAGACCUCGACUACCACCUACGUUUCGUCAUAGCUAUUGUUCUGAAACAUAAAAAUCAAGUUUUUUCUUAAUGUUUGAUCUAAAAGCAAGAGGAGUACGUAAGAGUUUUAAAAAAUAUAAAAUUUUAACAAAAUGGCGGAAGUUCGAAAAAAUAAUUUUUUUCUUCGUAUCAAAAAAUCAUGAAAAAUCGGUCGUAAAACAAAAAGUUUUCAAUUUAUUAAUAAAAUCCUACGUAGUUCCUCAGGAAACGAUGUUAUAAAGCUUCUGUCAACGUGUUAAAUCAAAUGGAUCAAAAUUGGCUAAAUCAUUGUGGUAGUAGUGGUGAAAAAAGUUUGAAAACGUGAUGCAAUGGUCAAAUUGACGCUACACUAAUACACUAACACAAAGAUAGUUCAUAAUCCUACUAGUACCGCCCAUAGGUAGCCGCGUGUACUAUUUAAUAGCAGAAAUAGUUGCUAAGGGAUAUCUGAGGCGAGUAAGCAUUUCGGAGCGAAAGGCGCACCGCGUUCGUCCGACCGCGCAGUAGCGUCUGAUGAUCAUAACAUAAAAAGUGUAUUUUUCGAAAAAUCCAUUCCACAGCCAUUUUGAAUAACUUUCAAGCAGAUUUUCCAUUAACAGCUAAAAGGCUUUAGAACUGAGAAUAUUUCAUAAUUUUACGGAUUUGUGAGCCAAGAAAUAUAUUAUCUUCAGUUUUCACUCUGCAAUGUUUAGAAAUUUAAAAUACCGGAAAGCAUCACUGUCUUCGUCAAGCGCCUAUACAAAACUUUUCAUGUGCCCCAAUUUGAUGUGUAAAGGGGGUAGAGUAAUGUUAUUGGUAUCUAACAACUGCUCGUGUUAAAUGCUGUAGUAUUUUGCAAAACACAUGCAAAAAGUGAGUUUAAAAAAUCCGAUCUCGACGAUUUUCUAUAAAAAUCUGAUGAAAACCAACUAAAGCAGUCGUAAAUUAGCUAUAUGAAAAAUAUUUUCGUCCGUUUCACAAAAAAAAUGGAAGAUGGUGCAGAAAAUUUGAAGACAUCCAUGCAAUACAUGUCGGACGCUUUUGAAGAUCAGGAAAUGGAGGCAGGAGGCAAUAAAGAAGACGAGAUACUGAAAACGGAAAACCAAGCUCUAAAACAACGAUUGCAGGCACUAGAAGCAAAUCUGAAUAACUAAGAACAGAAAAAAAAACAAAAAAAUCUGGUAAUUGUUGGUAUACCAAAACAAAACUGAAGACGAACCUAAAAAAAUAAUAAAACAAGUAGUAAAAUGCAUGAAAAUCAACGCACGAGAAGAAGACAUAGUAGCAGUCUACAGAAUUACUUAUAAAGAUACUCCACCAAUACUCCUAAAGUUGGCCGAUCAUAAACUAAUCUUGUUGUGAUUAAACGAGUAAAAGAAACAAAAGGUAUAAAAUAACAAGAGUAUGGUUUGAAAGGCGCAAACAGAAAUAUCUACUUUAACUAAGACCUAACACAGGCAAAUUAAAGGUUAUUCAAACAAGUAUUAG